CGAUCUUUACCUUGAUCGAGAAGGAUUCCCUUCUCCCUCGAAUCAAAUGCGCCGGCCCAUCCAUGCGCAGUCAUUUCUUGAUGGCGAGGGAAAGAAGAUAACAUGGCAUCGCCAUGGACGACCGGGCCCCGCUGAGUGAACAGCGGAGGCGAGCAAGGCAUCGUUCCCGCUGCCGCCAUUUUCUCCUCCGCGCAAGCCAAGAACCGGAUCGGCGGGGGCCACCAUGGCACGAUCUGGUCGGAUACUUAAGCCCAUCAAUGGAGGAGGAGAGCCGCCGCCGGCAGCGAGGGAAGCAGAGGCAGGUAGAGACGGUGAUCACCGGUUCAUCGGAUGGGCCGCGCGUUCGAGUACGUGAUCCUGGGCGGCGGCGUGGCCGCCGGCUACGCGGCGCUCGAGUUCGUCCGCCGCAACGGCGGCGCAUCCAGCCAGGAGCUCUGCAUCAUCUCCGACGAGCACUUUGCUCCUUAUGAGCGUCCUGCAUUAAGCAAAGGCUAUUUGCUCCCACAAGACGCGCCGCGUCUACCGGCAUUUCAUACUUGCGUUGGUUCUAAGGAUGAGUUACUUACCGAAGAAUGGUACAACGAACACGGCAUUGUACUUGUUCUUGGAACGAGGGUGAUUUCUGCUGAUGUGCGGCAGAAGACAUUGCUUACAUCCAGUGGGGAAACCAUCAGCUAUAAAACUCUUAUCGUUGCCACGGGUGCUCGGGCCGUGAAGCUGGAAGAAUUUGGAGUGAGCGGUUCAGAUGCGAGGAACGUCUGCUAUCUGCGCAAUGUGGAGGAUGCAGACAAAUUAGUCGGUGUAAUGAGAUCAUGUCCCGGUGGAAAUGCCGUUGUCGUCGGUGGUGGAUACAUAGGAAUGGAAUGUGCAGCGGCAUUGGUCACAAACAACAUAAAAGUUACCAUGGUCUUCCCUAAAAAACACUGCAUGGGUCGUCUUUUUACACCGAAAAUUGCUGAGUUUUAUGAGAGCUAUUACGCUUCAAGAGGAGUUACUUUCGUCAAAGAAGCUGCGGUUACUUCCAUGCAGAUAUCAGCUGGAAAGGUGACUGCAGUGAACUUGGGAAACGGUAGGCGGCUUCCUGCCGACAUGGUCGUCGUCGGCGUCGGCGCCCGCGCGAACACCGGGCUGUUCGACGGCCAGCUGGUCAUGGAGAACGGCGGGAUCAAGGUGAACGGACGGAUGCAGGCGAGCGACGCCUCGGUGUACGCCGUGGGCGACGUGGCCGCGUUCCCCGUCAAGCUGUUCGGCGGCGACGUCCGCCGGCUGGAGCACGUCGACUGCGCGCGCCGGACCGCGCGGCACGCCGUCGCGGCGAUGCUGGAGGGCACCGGAUCGGUGGGGCACAUCGACUACCUGCCAUUCUUCUACUCCAGGGUCUUCUCGCUGUCGUGGCAGUUCUACGGCGACAACGCCGGGGAAGCCGUGCACUUCGGGGACCUCGCGCCGCCCGGCGACGGCGACGGCGCCGCCCCCAAGUUCGGCGCGUACUGGGUCCGCGACGGCCGCGUCGCCGGCGCGUUCCUCGAGGGCGGGAGCCGGCAGGAGUACGAGGCCGUGGCGGCCGCCGUCCGCCGCGGGGCCGCGGUGGCCGACGUCGCGGAGCUCGAGAGGCGAGGCCUCGCGUUCGCCACCCAGGCCACCGGCGGCGGUGGCAAGCCCACCUGCGCAUGGCACGCCACGGUGGGCGUCGCCGCGGCCGUGUCCAUCGCCGCCUUCGCCUGCUGGUACGGCUGGCAGGCGCCGUACGUGCUCAAGCGAGACUUCUGAAAAAUCUGUACCACCUAAACAAUUUCCUCCCAUGUACUAUCAACCAUGAAACGCUGAAACUUGUUCAAACCCAACGCAAAAUCUGUCCAAAUCAAUCCACGCAUCGAUUGUACUAUUGUUCAGUGUAAAAGAUGAUUGUUUCGUUGUA